AUGACUAAAAAUAUUGACAAGGGACAAAGAAAAUUGAAGUAUAAACUAAGGCCUUUCAUUGAAGCUCAACCUUCAAAAUCAAGUAUUGAACCAGUGGAAUUAAAUGCAAUAGAUUUAUCUUUAUUUAGGGAAGGGCCAGAAUUUUUAGCGCAAAGGCAAAAAUUAGCCUCCAAAUUAGAGAAUACUUUAUCUACGUAUGGCUUUUUUUCAUUGAUCAAUCAUGGAAUUGAUAUACAGACUUUUGAUCGCUUAAGAUCAAUUGCCCAAUCUAUCUUAGAAUUACCCGAAGAGAUUAAAAGAAACCACCUCGCUGGUGCUUUAAAAUCGGAUGAAGAAGUUAGGUCUAAGUCUUUAGGUGGUGAAAUAGGAGCAGGCUUUAAACCUAGAGGUUGUUGGCUGAUGAAAAAUGGAGUAGUGGAUGCAAUAGAACAUUAUAAUUUUAGAGAUUUACAACAACCGGAAUUUUUCAACGAAGAUAAAAAUUAUCCAGAUUUAGUUAGAUAUUACUUGUCAGAAGUACUUAUCAGAAUUUCUAGUUAUUAUAGAUUUUUGCACUCCUCGAUUUUAAGAAAGUUAACAAUAUUAUGCGAUCUUAUUUUGGAACUUCCGGAAGGAUUUCUUUGGGAAAAUUACUUUAAGGUCACUGAAAAUGAUCAUAAUAAUUCCGGUAAUGGUUUUGGAAGAUUCAUUUUAUAUCAUUCAAUGGAUCCUAAGGAGGAGAAAAUGGUAGACAAAAAUUGGCUUAGAGGUCAUUCAGAUGGUUCUGCUUUUACAUUUAUUACUUCGCAGCCGAUUAUGUCCCUACAAAUUAGGGAUUAUUUCACAGGUGAGUGGAAAUAUGUAGGUCAUACUCCAGGAGGGUUGAUAAUAAAUAUUGGAGAUGCUAUGGAAUUCAUCACUGGGGGAUAA